AUGGCCGACAGAGACUUCUCAAGAAACGCCGAGCAGGCGAAGAAUGCUGCGAGAGACGUUGCGAGAGAUGCGCAGGACACCGCGAACAGCGUUGCCCGGGAUGCAAAGGGUGCUGUGAACAACGUUGCCCGGGACGCAAAGGGUGCUGCAAGAGACGCACAGGACACUGCGAGGGACGUCGCCAGCGACGCAAAGGGCACCGCGAAGAAUGUCGCCAGGGACGCACAGGACGUUGCGAAGGACGCAAAAGCCUCAGCGGAUAGAGCAUUGGCAAACGAUGGAGUAUACAACUCCAAGGGCUUCGCCAUGGCAGCAGCUGGUCCUGUUUUCCUCGCCGCGAUCCCGGUGACAAGCUGGAUUACCCAGCCAGGUGGUCUUCUCGAGAAGGUCAUCAACGGUCUUAUUGGUGGUGUCGGACUCUUCGCAUCUGCUGGUGCAUCAAGCUCCGUUGCACAAGGCGGUAAAAUUGCUGCUCUGGCGGCUCUCUACGCAUCCGUGACAUUUGCCAUCUCUGGAGCUACAUCUGUCGCAGGUCAGGCAGCUGGAAACCCACAGCCAUAUGACAACAAGCACCCACGUGCGAAUAUCAACAACCUGACUGGAUUGCCUCUUCGUCUUUACAGUGCUCAUCACCAGCUGAUUGAGCACUUCCCAGGCUGGGCCAUCGCAGCCGCUCUUGCCCAGGCUAUCGCUCCUGGUGAUCAGCACAUCAUCAACUUGCUUGGUCUGCACGUUAUCGCCAAGGUCCUUGUAUUCUUCCCAGCAUACGUCAUGAACGUAGAUGCUCCUCGAUCACUGGGCCACCUCGCUGCUACCAGCUCUAUGUUGAACGUUCUGUUCCAGCUUACGAAGAAGCCAUUGGUUUAA